GCGCGAGGGUAUCACUGUGUUUAGUCGCCUGAUGACUUCGAGUGGGUUCAAGUUCAACAGUGGGCUGACUCAUAUCGUUUCCUCGCGGCCCGGUGGUUGGGGACCAGUGAAUUAUACUGUGCGGCGCUGGAAUGCUAUACGCACGCGCACUGGACAGAAAGUACGGAACUAAAACCCUGCAACCCGGAAACAAUCUCCCAACAGUAUUUGUAUUUAUUUUUCAUUUUUUGUCGGGGUGAACUGGGAAAGUCUCAAAGAUCGCGAUCGACGGGUUGGCUACUGCUAUGCUAGGGGAACAACCUCUGGCCACCUUGUGGUCCACUGUAAGGAGGUGUAUGAAGCACUCCACACUGGCUGCAGUCCAAUCAUGUACAACUUUGUGAAGGCAGUGCCACACAAGCUUUAGAGCAACCGGUUUCUGUGAGGCCUUUUACAAACCGAUCGUGAGAAGCUAUGUAUGGAGUCAGAAACAGACCAUCUCCUGUUUGUGGGCACAUUGGGAUGAGGACAACCGAUUGAAACAUCACACAGGAGAGAAACCCCAACUUCUUCAAACGUAAUGCCAGCCAACCACAGGCCAGUGACUGCUGUUUAGUCAGCCUGGGCCUCAGUCUUGAUUGGCUGCCAUAUCAGCAUAGUCAGCCCCUACGUGUACGGCCUCAACAGCUGGCCAUGAGAGUGGUCAAAGAACGCUGUGAAAUAGCAACCCUCCAGAAGAAAAUGAAAAUGGCAGACAGCCGAGAAGCUCCCAGUCAAACAUGCUGUACUUCCUUUCGGGGGUACGGAGCUGGCAGCUGAAGAAGGUUGUUGCUGCCGAGAGAUGUAUUAUGGGGCGAUUUAUAGCAGCCUACUUUCAGCUGGGACUCACCAGCAUCUUCCAGUAGCAGCUUUAAUGCUCUGCGCUGAUGUUCUGCUUUGUGUGUGCACUGCGGAUCAGAUGUUCGAGGUCGGUGCUGUGGAGACCUGCCCUGACCCCAGUCCUCCAGACCACGGGGAGAGAGUCCCUUCCUCCCACACCAUCUUCCACGAGGGCGCUCUGGUCAGCUUCCACUGCCAGCAUGGGUACAAGCUGAGAGGCCCAUCAAAGGCAGAGUGUGAACAGCAGGAGGAUGGAACCCUGAUGUGGGAGCCCAGCUCCAUACCGCAGUGUCUCCCCGAAUGGACCACGUGCCCCCUGCCGUUUAUUGAGGAUGCUGAUGUGUACAACAGCACCUACCGUCCUGGUGACCGUCUGAUCAUUAGCUGCCACCAGGGCUUCCAGAUUCGCUAUCCUGACAUGGACAUCAUGGUAGCAGUGUGCCCGAACGAUGGGAUGUGGGAUAAUCUGCCCAGCUGCCAAGGGUGCCUGCGUCCCCGAGUGUUCCCCCACAGUUACAUUAAUGUCUCGGACUCCCUGACUACCUUCCCAGUGGGCUCCGUCUUGCGGUAUCAGUGUUUCCCAGGAUACAAACUAUCGGGCUCAGAGCUCCUAGAGUGUACCUACAACCUGCUGUGGUCGGCUGGCCCACCCAGCUGCCUGGAUGUUGAAGCUUGCCCUCUGCCCCCAAUCCCAGCCCAUGGAGACUACCUGUGCCACCCUUAUCCCUGUGACCGGUACAUUCAUGGCACCGUGCUGGAGUUCUACUGUGACCCUGGAUACUCGCUCACCACCGACUACAAGUACGUCACCUGUCAGCACGGAGACUGGUUCCCCGCCAGCCAGGUCUUCUGCCAGACAAUCGGUCAGUCCUGGGCAGACAGAGAGGACACCAUUCUGUCCACUUGGAAAGUUGUGGCCUUCACCGCCAUCAGUGUCCUCCUGGCCCUGCUUCUUCUCGUCUUCAUCAAGGCCUUCCAGAUCCGGCUGAAGUCUCCCUGCCAGUCCAAUUUGUGUUUCAGUGGUGAGGUGGAGAGGUCGGGGAGCCGGAGUUUUGUGGUGGUGGAGGGAGUGCCUGUCGUGUUACCCACCUACGAAGAGGCAGUAUGCCGCUGCACCAUUGAGCAACCGGACACCCAGGCCACAGCCCUUGUGGCCCAGGGGGAGCAGGUGCCCCAGGCAUCCGACCAGAAUCCCCCCGCUUACCCCGGGCGCGUCUCUGAUCCACUUCUCGCCGCCAAUCCAGUAGCCCCCUCCCGGCCUGGCCAUCUGGAGUGUGCCGGGACAGAGGAAUGGGAGGGGUCCUCACCGUCCAUGUCCUUCGACACAGCUGCAACACACCCGAUGACAGAGGAGAUGGUCAACAGCCCAUCAACAGAAGAAACAGCUUCAAUGUGCCCCAGCAUCAGUAUCCUGGAUGGUGCUGCAUGACCUGCGGACUGUUCCCACUACUUUUAUCUCAGACAAAGUGGUGAAGAAAACAUCCAGGAUCCCUCCAUUCCGUGCCCUGGCCACUGGAGGCAGGAAACAGGAAGCUGGAACUGACUGUGGUUAGAGCAUGG